UGUCAUAAAUGUCAUUUUCGCAAAUGCUGCGCGUUGUGCGGAAAUUUUAUUAAUUAUAAAUUAACAUCUAAUAUACUCACAUUUAAGUAUUUUCCAAAUAUUUAUUAUACAUAACGUGAUAUUAGAAUAAUGAGUAACGUGAAUCCUCUCGGGUUGUUAGUGAACUAUGGUGAUUCUGAUGAAGAGAUGGAGGACGGGACUCCGAUUUCUGCCAAACGUUACGAUAUUGCAAAUAAACGGGCACCGGCAGCUUAUCCAGGAUAUGACGUGAAUCAUCAGACUACUGCUCCCGCUGGUAUACACCCAGCGCCAAUACCGCACUGCCCCUGGUCAGCCUGUUAUGAUGAAAAUAGUGGUUUCACAUAUUACUGGAAUCAGCACACUAAUGCCGUUACAUGGGAGGCUCCUCCGGAGUAUUUACUGGCGCUCAAGUUAGCACAGCAACAGUUACACACGUCAGGGUCAUCAGAAGUAUCAGCAGAAGAAUGGCAGCUUUACCAGCAAGCGUUGGCCGAGAAACAAAACUCACAGAAUAAGAUAGCGAAAGCUCCCGCUAAAACAAAGAAACCUGAGAAAGUUUUAAAGGAAAAAUCAAAGGUCAACAAGAAAAGGGCGGCUAGUGACGAUGAAGAGGAGAAAAUAGAACUUAUAACUUCAUACCACAACUCGGACUCUGAAUCAAACGACGAGUCAGAGAAGCUCCCAGUCACACCACCACUACCGAAACCUCCCACUGUAUUACCGAAACAUCCUCAAAAGAAGCAAAAGACGCAAAUUAAACAAAAGGCACAAAUAAAAAAGGCACAAGUUGAAUUUGGACCGCCCUUACCACCGAAUCUAAAUUACACAGUACCGAUAGGACCCGAGCUGCCUCCGAACUUGAUUGAUAAUAAACAAAAGUCUCCAGAAAGGAAAGAAACUAAACAACAGAAUAAAACGAAACCGAAAGCCAGCGAUGACAAUGAUAGCCAGGACGAAAUGUGUUUAUUGAAAAAAUUAAAGGACAAAGCAAAAUUAUUAGAAAAACUAGGUGGCGAACUACCGUCUGAAAUACAGAAAAUAAUCAAAGACGAAGCAAGAUCCAAUAACGCGUCUCCGAAAACCGAAACAAGUGUAGCAGAUCUCGAUGUAGAUGAUUUACUUAAAGAAAUAGAGAAAACAGAGCUACCCAAAGUUGUUAAAUCUAAAGGAAAAGUAGACAGUAAACCUAAAUCUAGCACAAAUAGUUUGUCUAAUUCACCUAAAAGUGGUGAUAGGACUCCACCGUUAGAUGAAUUGAAAGCGCUAUAUCCGACCAAUGGUUCAAUAUCCUUAUUCCCAAGUGCUGCAAAUAUAGAAGAAAGUAAAACGGACGAUAUAGUGAUUAAAGAAACGCCAGUUGUUGAAGAAAAAGAUAAAAAAGAAAAUGUCUAUCUAAUGAACAUUGACGAACCAAUAGAAAAUGUGGGUAGAAAGAAAUUGAGAAUAUCAAAUUCAGUACUUCCAGAACGGAAGAAAGAAAAAUCUGAAGUACCGGCUUACACGACGAAAUAUUCCCAAUUUAUCGAAGGAUUUUCGAACGAAAGGACCGGUUUGGGUUUCAGUAAGGAAGACGAUGGGGGCGGUAGUCCAAAAAAUACGAUUAGCUAUGGAAACGGUUUGACGUUUACUAAAGGUGAAACGUUGAACGAGGAAAAAAAAGAUGAUGAUUUGGACGAUCUUACAGAACUAUUAGAGGCGAAAUUAAAGUUCUUGAAUCAAUUACAGCCGAGCACACUCGCCCCGCUACAAGAGAUGUUCAUACAAAUGCAGACGCUGGUGUCGGCGUUCCGCGCCGGCGCGCUGUCGGCGCCGUACUGGCGGCGCUGGGCGCGCGGCGCCGAGCGCGCGCUCGCGCAGCACGAGGAGGCCGCCGCGCCGCCCGGCUGGCUCUGCGCCUUCCUGAGGUCUGAAGGGCGGUACUGCUAUCGUAGGGAGUCGGACGGUUUCGUCCAGUACGAAUACCCGGCGGUCGCGAGUACAGAUAUGGAAAUAUGUACCACACCGCCGCAUCCGAGCUCUGAUGCGAAGCAAGAACCGAAACAAGAGAUAGGCGAUGAACUACUAUCGUUUUAUAACGACAUCGCAGAAUUAGAAAAAUCUACAGUCCCAACGGAACCAAACUCCCCAGAACCGCCUCCACCUCCAGAAAUCACCGAGAAACCAAAAGAUAAAGACGUUAUCAAGGAAAAAGACGUUAAAUUGCCCAAGAAGAAAACUAAGAUGAAGUUGUCAUCCUCAUUGGCCAUGAAACACAAAUCGGUGUCAACACUAGUCGCGAAGUGGCAACAAGUCGCGGAUGAGAUUAAUUCGGACUGAUUUUCUAUUAAUAAACAAAAGUGUAUA